UGUUCUUAAAUUUUGAAUUUAUAAAAAAAAGUGAUCAUUAAAAAUUCCAGUUCAUCCACUGAGAUGUAAAUCAGUUUCUGAAACAUUUGAAGCACUUAAAAUUUUACUCAUAAAUUCCUUCGAGAGAAAGGGAGGUCAAAACAAAAAACUUAAAAUGUAUUAACAUCUAGACGUGUCUUCUAUGCGUUUAUGGAGGUUGAACAGCUUUCUGACAACGAUAGUAUUUUCAUUAUCUUGCGUUCAUUUGUUUAAAAACUGAAAAUAAAAACAAAACAAAAAUACAUAUGAAUUAUAUUUUAUGCUCGUUCUCGAUUCAGACUUCAUUUCAAGUGUUUUCCAAAUAUUGAGUAGUCCGCAUUAUAAUGACAUAUAAAAUCAUCAAAAACUCAAAAUUCGUACAAAUCUCAAAUGUAUUUCUUGGAAAGUCAGCGUGAUGCGGGAAGGGGUACAAGACAGAAAAGACAACCGAGAUUAAGCAGUCGAGCUACGGAAAAGAAAAACAUGAAAGCUAUCGACGCCCAUGCUCACGGGGAGCCGAAACCUGCCAAAGGGCGUUGCUCAAAAACGGGGAAAAAGAGGCUUGUCUCUUCAAGCAAAGUCUCGCAUAAUGAGUUCCGAAAAAGCCUCAUAGAUGCUAUGAAAGACACCGGUGUCGAAAUUGAACUGAGGAACACCGUUUAUCACUGGCUACGCUCCCACAAGUACCCACCUAUAGUCAAAGAGCCGCUGCUUUACCUCCGAAAGGCGCAGGCCCAAUGGGAAAAAAGGAUCCACAAGUCUUUGAAUUCAAUGGCGGCUGAAAUCAAGGUGAGUCUAUCACAGAUGAGGACUCCAGAGGACAGGCAAGAGAUGCACGACAAAUGGAAUGAACUUAGCGUGUAUGACAUCGAUCUCAGCCAGUACCGUCCAGUGUAUGCUCCUAAAGACUUCUUGGAGGUUCUCAUGUGGCUUCGCAGCCCAAACUACAAACCGAUAGAUGGUCUGGUGAGUUGGGAGUUUAUUCAUUUGCCUUUCAAAGUCAAGAACCUCAAAGACCUCAUGAAGCUGUAUAGUGAAAUUACAAGAGGAGAAUCUUUGAUGGGCAUUGACCCCGAUGGCAAAGCAACACAAUAUCAAAAUAUUAUUGGUGAAAGGACAACAUUAGGAGAAAAAGUUAUUUCCUGCAGCCAUGCCCCUGUUACACAAGAAUUUUUAAAACGGGGUGCACCACGUUCUCUGAGGGCAAAGCUGUGGGCCCAGGUCCUUGGAGCUGAAGUCACCCCAGUUCUUAGGAAAUAUUGGAUGGGCCUUAAAGGGUUGGUUAUGCAGUAUGAUUUAAUGGUGGAUAAACUGAUUAUAAAGGACGUUCAACUUACGGCUUCUAAUGAUCAUCAGUACUUUGUCUUUGAAGAUGUUUUAUAUCAGGUUAUGUUAUGUUUUUCAAGAGAUUCUGCUGUAAUUGAAGUUUUCAAUCACAGUUCUGCAAGUCCUUUACACGGUGUGUUAAGAGGAAAAGCGUCCAAUGUUGAAAACACUGUCAUUUACCCACCAAGUGGAGUUAUACCAUUCCAUGGAUUCACCAUGUAUGCAACUCCAUUCUGUUAUUUAUACGAUGACCCGGCGGAGUUGUACUUUGUGUUCAGAGCUUUCUACUUAAGGUACUGGUUCCGGCUGCACGAGGUAUCAUCCCACCCACAAGGCAUCCUGUCUCUGUGCCUACUAUAUGAACGUCUGUUGUACAAGCAUGAGCAACAGCUCUGGCUACAUUUCAAACGCCAUCAAGUCCAGCCGGUGAGGCUCACUUUUAAAUGGAUUAUGAGAGCUUUCAGUGGACACCUCCCACCUGAACAGGUCCUUUACCUCUGGGAUAUGAUUCUCGGUUAUGAUUCAAUGGAAAUCCUCCCACUACUCGCUGUCAACAUCCUUAGUCUUAGAAAAGAUAAUUUGCUAUCUGUCAACACCAUGCAAAACUUUGAGUCAGUUUUGGCCGAUUUGUCGUCGAUCCACGUAAUGCCCAUUAUUCAGAUGUGCCUGCUUAAUUAUGAGAAAGAGCUGAACAACUCAGGAUUACUACAGGCAAACAACUCAAAGUUUCCAUACGGCUACCCUGGAUUCACAAACCAAAUGGAGUCAUCAUGGCUGACUUCAACUAUAGCCAACUCUUCAACAGCAACAUGGAUGAAUGAGCAGCAAAAUGAAAGCGAGAAAAGCAAAAUCAACCUCGAAAACCUUGGGAGUGCCUCUUCCACAUCGAGCAGCUCCUCAACACACUUGUCAAAAAACGACCCCAGUCCCAUAACAAUAACGGGCACUACAUCGACCGUUGUAACCACAAUGACUGUAACAAAGAGCUGACAGAAGAACACAUGGAAAAGGAAAGCUAAAUAGGAUUGUCUCUUUAUUGGGUGUGAAAAAUGUGAUAAUUUGUCUUUUAAAUCGAAAAAUUCAAUUAUCAAAUAUU